AUGUCUCUCAUUAAGAAGACCGCUCUUGGUUUCCGGCUUUCGUCCAAACGCAGAGGGUCAUUGUAUUGUACCUUUGGACUCCGACUCUGGCGCAAACUGCGAAAGCGCAUGUUUGGUCGCAGUUCGAAAUUCUUCAUUCAUGCUUCUCGGGAGUUAGCCUGGGGGCUGCUGUUCAAGUUGGCAUCGAGAACCCGAGCAUCCUUUGAAACAGCGAAGCUGCUCCGAUCCAAUAAGACGGCUGACGAGGAAGUGUAUGCCCUCCUCAAGCUCAGUCGCAAUAUCGAAAACCCUCAUCGCAACAGGGUGCAAGGAAUACUCAAAGGUGUAGUCAAGUUUCGCAAGAAGAUGCACUGGCCACGGACUUCCCGACCUUUGGGAGUCCUGCCAACUGCGUCUCCUUCGUUUUCCAAGGAGUGCGAGAAGUGGUUAAAAGACCUCAUCCUCCGGUACAAGUAUCUUUUUCCAUCUUUUCAUGUUCCAAAGAACAGCCUACGUGAAGUUCCGCACCAGAGUAUCAAGAAAUUUCUCCACAACUUCCGAUCUUGGGAAGAAACGAUGUGGGAGCACGACUUUGAUUUGGAGUCGGUGCACUGUCCGUGUGAGCAGUUUGCAGGAAAACUUCCUGCUCAUUGCUUCGUGUCUGGCCACGUAGCCACAGGUUUGGAGAACCUGACCAAGCUACUACCAGGCUGUUCGAGCAUCUUAUCGGCCAGUGCCGCGAGCACCUUUUUCCCAGGCCGCAAUCACUGGAUGGCCAAGUCCAGAGCUCUGUUUGAUCAGUGGCUCAAAAGACACAAGCUACCAGCCACGUUGCAUCCAAUUUUUCAAUCCUUUUGUGAUCACCAGUGGCAGCAACACGUUGCAGCCCUGGAACAAUCAGACAGACUACACUGGGCUUUGGUACAGAAGGUGAAGUCUGCCUUGCACUCGGAUUUUGUUCUGUACAACGAAGAUCAUCAUCCGAAUCAUGUCGUGUGCUAUUGUCCUCGCUUCUUCCUUCGAGGAGUUAGCACCACAUGGAACGAUCCGUCUGUGUUUCGUACUCUUGAUGGUACCCCUGAAGAAUGGAGACAGCGCAUUUUAAAGCGCGGCACUGUGUUCCUGAAACGGAAAAAACAGUUUGCCAAGGGACGGACCAUCAUCUCGUAUUCCAAUUCGUUGUGCAGCAAGCUGUUGGAGCUGACUUCCAUUGCGUUAACCUUAAUGGUCAAGACGCUGUUUGCUGACAGCCCAGGCAUGCAGAGCAUGCCACAGCUCUGGAAGUCUCUUCAUGCUUAUUGGGCGAAGCCCAGUCAAGAGGAAGACGUCGAAUGGAACGACGAUCUCGUGGGAUUUUUCAAUGCAGUUCCCCGAAAAGACAUCAUGCACGCAGUGCAUUUGAUUGUCCAGGAAUACUGCCAAACUUCUGGCUGUUCGAUCCUUUCGAUCGAUAUGUUGUCAAAAACGGGACACCCGGGCAAACCUCGGGGGCGAACAAAAUCAAACUUGAAGAGGUGUUGGGUUUCUGAUGUUCCGCUGAUUGUGGAUCUAUCCUUCGCCACGGGAGUUUUUACAGCUGCUGGAAAGUGCAGGCAGCAAGUGGAGGGGACGUGUAUAGGCAAUCAAAUCUCGCCGAUCCUCUCCGGACUUCCUGUACUCCUGGCCGAGCGGCAGUUUUUGCAAUCUUUGCCGACAGCCAUCCAAUCGUCUUUCUUGUUUCUCCGUUACGUCGAUAACAGACUGAUUCUGGGACCUCAGAAAAUUCUACUGUCGUCCCAACUCCGGAGAUUCUGCGAUCCCAACUUUUAUGAUGGGAUUCAGUUGGAAACUGUGUCAGACCAUCAAUGGUUGGGUUUUACCAUUUGUGCCAAGACUCGCUCAGCAACUUUUAAUCUCCCGGAGCAACCGUGGCAGAUCCGCUCGCCCAACAGCGCUGGAUCGUGGCAGCUGGCAGCCUCGGGAUACUUUUCUCGAGCAUCUUUGAUUCGCCAGUAUUCCUGGCCCCCCGAGUCAAGACCGGGACAACUUCGCAGACUCAAGCAACUGUAUGUACAGGCAGGUUUUCCUCUACUGAUUCAGUACCAUAGCUACAUUGGUUUUCAGCUGGGUAUCGGCCUGUUGAAGGAAUAUUUCAACCCCGAGCCAUGGCCCAGCAAUACCAUUUUCACUUCUACGGAGGACCCCCUGGAGUGCAGACUUCAAGCGGACCACAACCUCCGGUUACAAUUCUUUCGACUCCUCAGGAAGCUAGCAGAGCUCGGUCGGUUUCGGUACACCCACCACCUCGAGCUCCGCUUCCAAUUCAACUCACACCGGGUGAGCCGGCCAGGUCUACUCACCCCAGCCGUGAGCGUCAUGAUCGCAGUCGCUCGAGACGACGACGGCGUCGACACCAUCGGCAUGAACGUCAACCUGAGGGACCUCCCGCGGCCCCAGUUCGACCAGUUCUGCCUCCCCCUCAGCCUCCCACUCGACCACCAACAAGGCCCGAUUUUGAAUAACAAGGAGCCUGUUGCGGCAGCUCCCUCACCGGAGUUUCACAAGAACACGGAACAGCUAUUUCAUGCUGCUCAUCGCAGCAGCUAUGAACAACUGCGAGAGCAGAUCACAGCUCGAGCCAAAGGCCGCAAUGCUGUCGAUUUCUAUGAGGAGGGAAUGAGUUCUCUCUUGGCGUAUAUGUUCUUUGUUUUGCAUUAUCAUGAGAACUUUCUCACAACCGAAGGCUUGCAUACGUGGCCUAUUAUCCCACAUUCUCAUAUGCGACGAUUCACUGAUCGCAUCACUUUUACUCGGCAACGUUCAUUGCCAGUCUCAAAAAUCCUCAAAGAGGAUGUUGAGGAUGUGCUGAAAUUUUUGUUGACCCGAUUUGACCAGGCAGACCGACCUUUUCUGCCUGUGAUUCCUAUUGGCCAACGGGAGAUUGUCACUCUUGCCCGGUCCAUUUUGGCCAGCAAGAUACCAUAUAAGACAAUUUUUCAGCAUGAUGCCAAGGCGUAUGCCAUGCCCCAAGAAGCAUUGCAUGUUUGGGAGUUUCCAGUGGCACAUAUGCCAGGACCUGAAGAGCAGACCAACUGCUAUUAUCUUUGGGGACACGGGACCACGGCCGAAGGCCUGGUCGGCAUCCUCACGUUGGGCAGGGUCAUUCGCUCUAGCGCCGAAGCUGUACAUGUGGCGCCGCACGAUCAUGUGUGCUCCUUUUAUGGCAAAGCCACACAACACGUGUACUAUGAAGAGAGCAAGUUAGACUUCGUGUCAAAACUGCACCACUCCACGAAGAAUUUUGCAGGAGUGGUCGUGGGAGGAUAUCUUGGAUCUGCGCAUCACAAAUCCAAGUCCUCCAGCACUGUACAUGAAGGACAUUUGUGCAAGUUCCACCCGCUUGUACACUCCCCUUCAGGAGAUAAGCGCUGGGCGGUGCGUGAAGCCGCAGGACGCAUUGACAAAAUUUGGAUUUUGUCAAGCACCCAUUCCGUUACGUUGCCGAUGUCCACCCCCAACAAUCCCCGGCCGAUUACUUUUGAAACGGGGGAAGGGCAGGAUUGGGGAGUCAGCUGGCCUGGCUUGGAGUACUCUGUACGAAGCACCGAAGCUUUACCGGUCUCCGAUGUACAGAGAGAGGCUUAA